AUGUAAACUCAUUCCUAGAGCUUUCCUGAGACACAUUUUGAGUUCUUGAAUAACUUGGCACUUGAGUAAUCUGACUCUAAUUCUUCUUCAAGUAGGGCUCAAAGCCACAAACAUAAAUAGAUUAUCAGUAAUGAUGCCAAAACUUAAUACGAAUCUCAAGGCGAGGAAUUCUAUGAUCAGAUGUAGAAUGAAAUAAACAAUUAUGAAGAUGUGAAUCUGAUCAAUGAGGAAUAGCAGAUAAACGCUGGAGGUGGAGCCGAUAUAUUUUAAAAGGACAGACCACUUUCUUUACUUUAAAAAUGCUCAAAGAUAGCUAAAACCCAUGAUUACGACUAAAAUCAAAGUAAAAUAAUAAAUCUGGUAAAGACUGAGCUUGUUCUAGACAAAAUGAAGUCCUAAUAAUAUGGUUAACCGAAAAGAGAGGAUCAUGAUAAUUCGAGUAAUGAAGAAUUAAUCGAUUAUCAAAGAGCUCCCAGCCCAAAUGAUAUAAUGAGGUAGACUUAGAUUCACCACUAACCAAUAGUAUAAAUACGCAAUUCUCAACCCACAACAACUACUAAUUAAAGCUCUGAUCUAAAUUUCUCAUAGACUUUGCAUUCUUACGAAAGGUAAAAUGUCAAGAUUAAGAGGCUAGAGAUAAAAAGAGCAUAAUUAGAAAAAGAACUUCAUAAGCAGUUACUACAGCAACAGUUAUUAGGGGCAAGACUUUAAAAAAGGGCUUUUUAAGAUAUUAAAAUAGAAAACUCUAAAUUGGAUAUAGGUAUCGCAAGAUGUUACAUUAAUAAAAAUUUAUUGAAUCCUCAUCUAGAAAAAGAAAAACUAAAAGAAUUUGAGAUGUUUUAUUAGAUAGAAGUACUUGGUAACUAAGUCUUUCCUGAUGAAGUCAGAAAGAAUCAAUUAUUCAAUAGUGAGAGAAUCUAAAUCAAGGGGUAAGCUCAGAUUAUCUAGUGGAAUUAGACUUUCACUAUCAAUCUUGUUGAAGGUCUUGAAAAGCUACAGAUUAAGAUAUGUUUAUUCUCUAUUGUUAUGGGAAAACUUUAAAUUGAGACUCUAGACCUUGAUAUUGAUAAACUACUUCCAAAGUUAAUGGACUAAAAGAUUAAGCAAAUGCCAUUCGUCACUAAGAAUGAAUGUGCUUUCGAAAUAAUUCUCAAAUGGAGAUAUGAUGAUACAAAAUAAAAACAUAAAGAAAUCUCAAGAAGAAUUAUCAAAAUUAGAUAAGUUUUAGAUGACUAUCAUAGGCAAAUAUAAGAUGCAAUAAAUGAAAAUUCUAUUACUGCCAAUAGUACUGGAAGAAUCGAUGAGACUGCCAUUUAGAACUAAACUGACAAUAUGCAGUAAUCAUAAUACUCUGAGUAUGGAGAAAUUUAUCAUGCAACACCAUGCUUCAGCAAUCCAAAUAUUGAUAAAAAAGCAACCACAGAGUAUUUAACUACAGGAUAAAAGAAAAGGGUUUUAGCAAGAAAGAGCUCAAAGACUCCUUCCAAAUAUAGCUCAAGUAGAAUAUCAGGGACAGGUAAAUCAUAAGAUGGCGGUGGAGAAAGAGAUCAUUCUAAUACUAGCAGCAACACAGGUUAUAUACCACAUUUCUAAAAUCCCCCUGACUCUGGAUAUACAAGUCUUCAAAGUCCAUUAACUAAUGAUCAUCAUCAUCAUAAUAGAGUACCAUCCUUCUCUAAUUCUAAUGACUUCCUUCCAAUGUGUAAGACAAGCAGGCCAGAUUAUCAAGAAGAUAUCAUGGAAACCAAGGAAUAGGAUGAAUUCAGUACUGUCGAAUUAGACAAGGAUUCUCCAAACGAGAGAGAAAAAGCUAGAUUGAAUCAGGAUUUUUUAAAAUAUUAAAAGAAGUUAAAGCUUAAUAGAAUGCAAAAUAUUCUUGAGAAGAAGUUCUCUAAAAUGGCUAAUAGAACAGUAAAAAUUCCUACUCGAAAUUCUUCUUCAGGAUAAAACUCCAUUUUGAUAAACAAGGACAAGAAAUCAUCGAUAAUCGAGAUAAAAGAAAAAGUUAAAUUAAGCAUUUCACAAAAAAUGCAGAAUCCUUAAGUUACCUAGAAUCUAUACAAUCCUGAAAAUAUUCCUAUAAAGUAACAAUUUUUAAAAGCAAACAAUUAGCUGUUUGCUAGGCAAUCUUAAUAGGUUAGAGUUGUUAGACACAUAAAUCUAAAUUCUAAUGAAACUAAUCCUGCGGGGGACGUUACGUUCGAUAAUUAAAAAACUCGAGUUGCUGUUGCAAGUGCCAAAACAAGUAGUAAUUUAUUACUUUUUUAACCUUCUUUUACUACUCCACCUUCUAAUAGUCAAAGCAAAGACAAGAAUGAGAGUGAUUAUAAUUAAACCAAUCAAUAGCCAACUGUUUACUAAAUUAAUAAAAAGAAAAACUCACAUGCUGCUCAUAGUCUUCUAUAAUUCCAAAAGAGAACUUCCCCAGAUAGCACAAUACCUUAAAUUAAAGUUUUUGAUCCACUAAAUAAUAACAUCUCUUAUAGUACUUAAUUGCAUACUGAAAGACCAUCUAUUAAAUAAAGUGAAAAUUUAGAAUAAGAUUUCAUGUAAGAGCAUCCAGGUAUUAAAGAUUAAAAACACAGUCCUAGAAUCAGUGAGAUUACUCAGUUUAAAGGGAUCUCACCUCAAUAACUAGCUAAUUAACUUAUCAAAGAUAGAUCAACAGCAAAAAUUGAUAAGCCUCCUUUAAAUCCACCCAAAACAGACAGUUCAUUAAACAAAUUUAUAUUAAAUAACCCCAAACGAUAAUCAGCUAACUUCAACAUUAAUGAUAUCAAGAGAUUAAAGUAAUAGAAACUUAUUUAACUAAGCAGUAUUUCUUAGCAUAAAUCUUCGAAUUCUAUCGGCAGUAGCUAUGGAAUCACUCCUUAAGGAUCUACUUUCCGUGUUAACGAUUCAAGCACCAUUGAUAAGACUAAAAAGGUUGUAGAGAUUGAUCUAUUCUCUGAUAAUGGAACAAAAGAAGAAGAAGCUAAAAGUGAUAGUGGAUCAAUUACUAGAUCUAUUGGUAACUUUUUCAAAAGACUAUUCUGA